CGGAGCUAUAUACAGGAAGUACCAGAUUAAUGUGGAGCUAUAUACAGGAAGUACCAGAUCAAUGUGGAGUUACAGUGUUUGGUUCUCUAUCCUCAGAUACAGACAGUGAUUGGUUCUCUAUCAUCUCUGUUCCUCAGAUGCAGACAGUGGUUGGUUCUCUAUCAUCAGAUAUAGGCAGUGGUUGGUUCUCUAUCAUCAGAUACAGACAGUGGUUGGUUCUCUAUCAUCAGAUACAGACAGUAGUUGGUUCUCUAUCAUCAGAUACAGACAGUGGUUGGUUCUCUAUCAUCUCUGUUCCUCAGAUACAGACAAUGGUUGGUUCUCUAUCAUCUCUGUUCCUCAGAUGCAGACAGUGGUUGGUUCUAUAUCAUCAGAUACAGACAGUGGUUGGUUCUCUAUCAUCUCUGUUCCUCAGAUGCAGACAGUGGUUGGUUCAUCUCUGUUAGUUUUAGUCAUUUUGCAGACACUCUUAUCCGGAGCGACUUACAGUAGUGAGUGUAUACAAUACAUUUUCAUACUGGUCCCUCGUAGGAAUCAAACCCAUACCCCUUGUGUUGCAAGUGCCAUGCUCUACCAACUGAGCCACAGCAACUGAGCAACUCUGCCUCAGAUACAGACAGUGGUUGUUUCUCUAUCAUCUCUGUUCCUCAGAUACAGACUGUGUUUGGUUCUCUAUCAUCUCUGUUCCUCAGAUACAGACUGUGUUUGGUUCUCUAUCAUCUCUGUUCCUCAGAUACAGACUGUGUUUGGUUCUCUAUCAUCUCUGUUCCUCAGAUACAGACUGUGUUUGGUUCUCUAUUAUCUCUGUUCUUCAGAUACAGACAAUGGUUAGUUCUCUCUUAGGCUUGGGAGGUAUACCAUAUAUACCGGGGUAUUUGGAAAAAUCUAUUUAGAAAACAAUUAGAAUAUUUGUUGCUACUUUUUAAGUGUUGGGCAGUAUGCGCUAGGUGAUCUAAUUACAGUAUGGAAUUCGUAAUUAAAUGUUUGCCAGCUAGAUUUUUGAGUUAAUUGUAUACUUGUAUAGUUUUGGUCAGACACUAUAAAAUACAUUCUCUAUGGGAUUGUACAUGUACUUGUUAGCAUUGCUAAACCUUUUGGAUUACAGAUUAUCAGUGGGGUUGAAAACAGCGCCCCUUGUGUUCAGUGCCGGUAGUACUGAAUAUCCCGGUAUGGCACAAGGUCGGUAUGAAGGUAUGACAAUCUGGAUACCGUCCUAGCCUAAUCUCUCUCAUCUACAUCAGAAUGUUGUUGAUGUUAUUAUAUUGGAAGGCUGUGUAAGUGAUGUCACUGUAGAGGGGGUUUCAUUUAACACAGAAAUAUAACAUAAAAUAACAUGACAUUAACUGGCCCCUCUGUCUGUCUGUCUGUCUGUCUGUCUGUCUGUCUGUCUGUCUGUCUGUCUGUCUGUCUGUCUGUCUGUCUGUCUGUCUGUCUGUCUGUCUGUCCCUCCAUAGCGGAGUUGUUUGAAGUCAGAGGUGAGGUGUAGGGUUGUUUAUUAACCAGUAUGAAUAAAAAAUGUCUGUCCCAAUUUAGCUAGUUAUUAUUAGUGUAAAUUUCCCCAUCGAUGUACGUAGCAAUAGUAACAGUGUGUGUCUGUGCGUGUGUAGGCCAGCGUGUGUGUAGGGUGGAUCGGGGCCGGCCCUGCUAUAAACUGGCAUAUUUUUCUGACCCUGGACGGCGGCUCAGCUUCCUGGAGGCGAAGCUAGCGUGUCGCCGUGACGGAGGGGAGCUGCUGAGCGUUGAGUCACCGGCCGAGCAGCGAAUCAUAGAGCAGCUUGUCACUGAGCUCCGUCCCUCCGACGGAGACUUCUGGAUUGGCCUACGUCGUAACCAUGGUGACACGGAAAACGUUGACGACUGUCCCUCACAGUACUACUGGACCGACGGGAGCCUCGCCUCCUUCAGGAACUGGCACUGGGACGAGCCGUCCUGUGGUUACGAGGUGUGUGUGGUGAUGUACCACCAACCGUCCGCCCCGCCCGGCCUCGGAGGACUCUACAUGUUCCAUUGGAACGAUGACAACUGUGACACCAAGAACAAUUUCAUCUGCAAGUACACUGCAGAGAAGGCUCCUGAACCCUCCCCCAACACUGCACACCCAGAGGCUCCUCCCUUGUCUCUGUCACCCCUGACCACGACCUUUGACACUGAAGAGAAGAGACAGACCCCAGCUCUGAACAUUGUUUACAUAGUCCUGCCCAUCAUCCCGUUGUUGAUGGUGUUACUAAUAGCAACUGCGGUCUUCUGCUUCACGCUGCUGGCUCGACGGAGGAAGCGGUGUGAACAGCAGACAGAGGUGUGUCCUAGCGACCCAGGGUCCUGUCCAAACCCCGCCCAGCCGCCUGACGUCUACAACGUGAUUCGCUCCCAGCAGGAGGCCGACCUGGCUGGAACACGCCCCCACACCAAGAACACUUCCUUCUUAGGCUCCUCCCCCGACAUGUCCCCUGGUGACUAUGACAACCUGGGGGGUCUGCGAGACACGGAGAGUGGUUUCGUCACGCUGGCCAGCACAGAGAGCAACUUCCAGUUGACCUCUGAACUCUACGACCUUAGUCUGGGGCGACGCAAAGACGACUCAGACAUUUACCACAACAGUCUGGGUCGCAACGGAGAGGUUUAUAACAACAGUCUGGGUCGGCAUGGUAACCGAGAGGUUUAUAACAACAGUCUGGGUCGUCAUGGCAACGGAGAGACGCACGAUAACAGUCUGGGUUGUCACGGCAACGGAGGGACGUACAACAACAGACUGGGUCUUCAUGGCCGUGUGGUGAAGAGCAGUGAGCUGUACAACACUAGUCACUAUAGAGACAGUCUUUACCAAACCGGCCUGGAUCGCUAUGGUAACCCUGAACAGCACGAGAGAAGCCUGGGUCGUCAUGGGAACGAUGCCAGUGUAGAUUGCUAUGGGAAGGAGGCCACUGUGGGUUACUAUGGCAACGAGGGCAGUCUGGGUGGGAAGUGCUACAAAGAGUGGUUGGACAGUGACAGCAACUAACAACUACUGACAGUUACAGCUACUGACAACUACUGACAGUUACAGCUACUGACAGUGACAGCAACUGACAGCUACUGACAGUGACAGCAACUGACAGCUACUGACAGUGACAGCUACUGACAUAUACUGACAGUGACAACUACUGACAUAUACUGACAGCUACUGACAGUGACAACUACUGACAGUUACAUCUACUGACAGCUACUGACAGUGACAGCUACUGUGACAACUACUGACAGCUACAGACAGCUACUGACAGUGACAACUACUGACAGUUAUAUCUACUGACAGCUACUGACAGUGACAGCUACUGUGACAGCUACAGACAGCUACUGACAGUGACAACUACUGACAGUUACAUCUACUGACAGCUACUGACAGUGACAGCUACUGUGACAACUACUGACAGCUACGGACAGCUACUGACAGCUACUGACAGUGACAACUACUGACAGUUAUAGCUACUGACAGCUACUGACAGCUACUGACAGUGACAGCUACGGUGACAACUACUGACAGCUACGGACAGCUACUGACAGCUACUGACAGUGACAACUACUGACAUACUGACAACUACUGACAGUAACAGCCACUGACAGCUACUGACAGCUACUGACAGUGACAGCUACUGACAGUGACAGCCACUGACAGUGACAGCUACUGUGACAACUACUGACAGUUAUAUCUACUGACAGCUACUGACAGUGACAGCAACUGACAGCUAUGGACAGCUACUGACAGUGACAACUACUGUCAGUUACAUCUACUGACAGCUACUGACAGUGACAUCUACUGACAGCUACUGACAGUGACAGCUACUGUGACAACUACGGACAGCUACUGACAGCUACUGACAGUGACAACUACUGACAGUUAUAUCUACUGACAGCUACUGACAGCUACUGACAGUGACAACUACUGACAGUUAUAUCUACUGACAGCUACUGACAGUGAAACCGACUGACACUGACAGCUACUGACAUCUACUGAGAGUGAUAGCUACUGUGACAGCUAUUGACAGCUACUGACAGUGACAGCUACUGACAGCUACAGCUACUGACAGCUACUGAGAGUGAUAGCUACUGUGACAGUUACUGACAGCUACUGAGAGUGAUAGCUACUGUGACAGCUACUGACAGUGAUAGCUACUGUGACAGCUACUGACAGUGACAGCUACUGUGACAGCUACUGACAGUGACAGCUAUUGACAGCUACUGACAGUGACAGCUAUUGACAGUGACAGCUAUUGACAGUGAAACCUACUGACACUGACAGAUACUGACAGUGACAGCUAUUGACAGCUACUGACAGUGAAACCUACUGACACUGACAGCUACUGACAUCUACUGAGAGUGAUAGCUACUGUGACAGCUAUUGACAGCUACUGACAGUGACAGCUACUGACAGCCACUGACAGUGACAGCUACUGACAGCUACUGAGAGUGAUAGCUACUGUGACAGUUACUGACAGCUACUGAGAGUGAUAGCUACUGACAGUGACAGCUAUUGACAGUGACAGCUAUUGACAGUGAAACCUACUGACACUGACAGAUACUGACAGUGACAGCUACUGACAGUCUGUGUGUGUGCAUGGCCCUGUUAUGCUGCCCUCCCCUGAGGGGUCACUGUCAGGUCAUGAACCUUGACCCCAGCUGUGCCUGAGAUACCAAAGCCUGGUCCUGUCCUCCUCCUGUUCAGAUCUUGUCCCAUUCUUCCCUUGCUGCCUGACCACAACAUGACAACAAUAAUUUAGGCCCGAUUCAGAACACACCCCUUGAAUUCGCACUUCUCUGUAGUUGAAAUACAGACUAACCUUGUGCAGGUGCAUAAUGAGCUUUGCACGCAUGGCUCCCUUUCACUGCUGAAUACAUUUAAUACAACUGCUGAAAUCCCUCCCACUUGCUGGCCAACAGA